CCGUUUAUUAGGCUCCUCUUCGUCCCCAACGGCUAGUAAUAAAAAAUAACAUUUUUAUAACUAACACUCAAUUUAAACCCUUAGAUCUCAAUUAAAAGCAAAAUCAACGGUCACGAUUCGAUUCGAUUCGAACAAAAAAGGACCGUUAGAGAGAGCUCAAACUUUUCCUUUUCAAAAUAAAACAGUGCCCUUUCCUCAACCACAAAUCUUCACCAUUCGCAAUUUCACAGUCGAGAAAAAAAAGUUAGGGUUUUAUUUGUUGUUCCUGAGAGAAGCGAAAGAGAUUUUUGAUUCAGAGAGAGUGGCGUCUGGUUGGGUUGAAGCCGGGACGGGAAAGAGUCGUCUCCGGGAUUUCUUUUCUUCUUUGUUAACGAGUCUUGGAGGAGCGUUACUUCAGAUCACCGAAGAAGACCAACAACAAGGUUCAGAUAUUAUGGCGUCUUCUAGAGUCUCUGAUCUUCCUCAUCAACGUGGAAUCGCAGGUGAAAUCAAACCGAAGAAUGUUGCAGGACAUGGAAGACAAAACCGGAAAGUUCUUGGAGACAUUGGUAAUCUUGUCACUGGUCGUGAUGUUGCAACAGGAAAGGAUGUUGCGAAGAAGGCGAAACAACCACAGCAGCAGACAAAAGCUGAGGUUAUUGUCAUUAGCCCUGAUGAAAACGAGAAAUGCAAACCACAUUUUAGCAGAAGAACUCAUAUAAGAGGAACCAAGACUUUUACCGCAACCUUAAGAGCUCGAAGCAAGGCUGCGAGUGGACUGAAGGAUGCUGUGAUCGACAUUGAUGCUGUGGAUGCUAACAAUGAACUGGCUGCUGUGGAAUACGUAGAGGACAUCUUCAAGUUUUAUAGGACUGUGGAAGAGGAAGGAGGGAUUAAAGACUAUAUAGGAUCACAACCUGAGAUAAACGAGAAGAUGAGAUCGAUUCUGAUAGAUUGGCUUGUAGAUGUUCACAGGAAGUUUGAGUUGAUGCCAGAGACGCUAUACUUAACCAUUAACCUCGUUGAUCGGUUUCUAUCUUUGACAAUGGUUCAUAGAAGAGAGCUUCAGCUGUUGGGACUAGGUGCUAUGCUUAUAGCUUGCAAGUAUGAGGAGAUUUGGGCUCCUGAGGUUAAUGAUUUCGUCUGUAUUUCGGACAAUGCCUAUAACAGGAAACAGGUUUUGGCUAUGGAGAAAUCGAUCUUAGGACAAGUUGAAUGGUACAUCACUGUUCCAACUCCUUAUGUGUUCCUUGCGCGAUACGUUAAAGCUGCGGUUCCAUGUGAUGCUGAGAUGGAGAAAUUGGUGUUCUACUUGGCUGAGCUGGGACUUAUGCAGUAUCCUAUAGUUGUCUUAAACCGUCCAUCGAUGCUGGCUGCAUCAGCGGUUUAUGCUGCGCGUCAGAUCCUUAAGAAGACGCCAUUUUGGACUGAGACCUUGAAACAUCACACUGGCUACUCGGAAGAUGAGAUUAUGGAGCAUGCGAAAAUGCUGAUGAAGUUAAGGGACUCGGCUUCAGAGAGUAAGCUAAUAGCAGUGUUCAAGAAAUACUCUGUCUCAGAAAACGCUGAAGUUGCUCUUCUUCCUUCGCUUGACGACUUCUCUGUUUCUUGUGCAUGAAGAAACAAAACCCUAGUCUGCUUUUGUUGAUCAUGUAGCUGUCAUGAUCUCUUUGUGUUCUUUCUUUCUUUUUUCUUUUUUUGGUUUUUACAUUGAUCCUCUGUAUGAUCCCGUCAAAGAUAAUGAUGUUAACCAUGAACAAGUUUUUAAGUGUGGUUUCAUUUAUCUUCAGUUUCCUUGGAUUCCUCAAAUUACGUUUUGGAAUUUUUAACUCUUUUUGUCACAGAU